AUGCGGAUACACCCCGAAAAGGACAACUUUAUAAUGGAGAUGCUGCUCGUGAACGAUGUAAAACGGUUGUAUCGCGUUCGAGUCUGUGACAACAAGCGCCAGAUGCCGAAAAAGUUGUCGGCCGACAAGGCGAAGAUGGCGAAUAAGCUCGGCUGCUCCCCAGACACGCUACUGCCCAUCAUCGAGCAGAUGCGGAACAAAAGUGACGAGCUCGUGGUGCACGCGCAAAGGGAGCGGAUCCACUUCAAGAACUAUCAACGCGAUGGAGCAGAAAAGCGCACAAAGCUCAUCUCCGAGGCCACGUGGAUGAGCGCCCAAUUCAACUCGAUGAAUAUUCGACGCGAGACCGAGAUUAAUUUCAGCGCCAAAGAAGGGCCGUCAUCUGCCAAAAAGAAGUCAUUGUCACCAAAGCAGCCGAUCAUUGAACGAGGUCUAUCCGCUACACCACCCCCUUCACGACGGCAAUCGCUGAAUGUUACGGCAAAUCGCGUCUCAGCGAUGCGAUUGAAUUCCAGCAAAAGCCCAGCAGCAGAGCAGAGUGCUUUUCCUUGUAUUAGCCCUGAUUGGGUGCCGGACAACAACGAUUUGGCGAUGGAGACGGAUUUUGGGGCUGUAAACCAGCCGCUCGACGACGACGCGGACCGCAUUCCCGCGAGCCCCGAGCGGCCACCGCCCAAUAAGCGAGAUAAAAAGUACCGCAACUUCAUGAUGUCGACGGCGCACGCUACGCAACACGCCUCCCAGCGACUCACACAGCAAGCGUGGGGCCACGAGACAAUGAGCAGGACAAAAUCC